GCGUCUUGUGCUCCCCACCCCUCAUACACUGCAGUGUCACUGCACGACCGACAGCCACUCACAGCACACACGUGACACCCACACAGCUCUGUGCCCCGCGGGGAAGAGGCUCCAUGUGGACCGUUUGCGUUGGUUGCUGAAGUAAAGGAACCCUGCAGCCUUCCCAUGCUAUCUGUUGACAUGGAAAACAAGGAAAAUGGCUCUGUCGGUGUGAAAAAUUCUGUGGAAAAUGGAAGACCACCUGAUCCUGCAGACUGGGCCGUGAUGGAUGUCGUCAAUUAUUUCCGGACAGCAGGAUUUGAGGAGCAAGCUAAUGUUUUCCAAGAACAGGAAAUUGAUGGAAAAUCCCUGCUACUGAUGACAAGGAAUGAUGUGUUGACAGGACUUCAGCUAAAACUGGGACCUGCUCUGAAAAUCUACGAGUAUCAUGUAAAACCUCUGCAGACGAAGCAUUUAAAGAACAACUCUUCAUAGUACAGUAAAUUGGGGUCUCAGACCUCAAAAAAUACAUAAUGACAUAAUUUAGUUUCAUGUGAUGAAACUUUGUAAACACAAUGCAUACAUGUGUAUAUGUAAAGAAUUUCAACCAAAUGACACGUUAUCCUAUUGGAUAGACUAGGCAAUCCAUCAGCUGACUCGAAUUCAGCCAGGAGGAGCAAGGGCAACAUGUUCCCAGGAUAGUUUUCCUUGUGGAAUUUGUCAAAUAGAAAAUCUGUGACAUGAUCAGACACCCCUCCCCACAAAGGGUUUGAAAGCAUAAGGAUUUUCUUCAUUUCUUCAGAGUUCUUCUCCAAAAAAUCCUUUUAAAAAAAUCAAAUGAAACUAAUAUCUUUUAGUUAGACUUAGGAAGAGUUAAAAACAAGAAACUUGGGGAGGGGGAGAAAGAGACAGGGAUUACUGCCCCCCUUGAAUUCUGCUCCUUAGAGCUUGUGCUACUUGGAUGGCAUUGCCGACACCCUUUUUUAGAGAGGGUCCUCCACUUGACCUUAUUAAGGUUUCACUGGGAUAUGCUGCAGUGUUUGAAAUGAACGUGCAUCAUGACCCCUUCAGGAGCAGAACUGUAGCUCUGAAAAGAGAAACUCUUGUGUCCUGGGGAUAUCCAUCCAUAUUUAGCUAGCUUUCAUAGGGGUUUAUGGUAUUUUCUGCUUAGAUUUGUUUAACUUAGUUCUUUGUUUCUGAAGAAAGCAUUUUUUUUUUUACUUUAUGGCUUGUAUUUAUAAUUUGUUUCUGAAGAAAUUUGCCAAGAGUUAUAGCUCAAAAGCCUUGUUACUAGUACAGAAUAUUUUUAUAUAUAUAUAUUCCUUCAUGAUGAUGUAAUUUUUUAAUUGUUCUAUGCUUUGAUUCCUGGUUUGAGUACUUGUUUUUAAUAACUUGAAAAAGUGGGCUUGCUACAUCUCUGUUCAAAGAGACAUUUGUUCGAUCUCUGUGUAUCAAUGCCUUGUUGAGUUGGUGCU